CGUUUUAAUGAAAAAUAUGGAUUACAGCAAACAAAUUAAGGCACACCGCUACGGAUUUUCAACAGGUGUACACGGUUUGAUCCUCCAUACAUCAGGACCACAACCAUGGAUUCCAUUCCGAUGACCACACUGAUUUAAUCUGCAAUAAUAACUUUAAAAUAGCCCAGGAUAGGAGUACCCAGAAAUGUAGUGCAUCUAUUUUCACCAGUAGAUGGAGAAGAAGAUACCGGUCAGUGAUCAUAUCUCCAAAACAAGCUUGGCAUAUUACCGUUUGAGCCUGAGGAGGAUUUCCUGCAUGCUCUCCGUCUCUGUCUCAGCUUUGGAGACAACACACUGUGACUUCCCAUCAUCAUCUAGAAACAACAUGUUCAAGAUUUCAAGACUUCAUUAACCAAAAUAUCUCAGUGUUGGGAGACAUGGAGACGAAUGGGUCAGUGAUGUCUCUGAAGGAUGAAGAGAAGACUCGUCUGAGUUCAGUUUCCAAUGAAACUUCCACACGCUACGGUUCCAUAGCUGACAGCCUUCCUACUGAUGAACCAUCCACAGUGGAGACAACAGUCCUCUCUCCACGACGCUCCUAUAUAGCAGUAGCUGUGCUCUGUUAUGUCAACUUAAUCAAUUACAUGGACCGAUACACAAUCGCAGGGGUCCUUCUCAGUAUCCAGAAGUUCUUUGAUAUAACUGACAGCACGUCUGGACUACUACAGACAGUUUUCAUCUGCAGUUUCAUUAUUUUGGCUCCAAUCUUUGGGUACCUUGGCGACCGCUACAACAGGAAGUUCAUCAUGAUUGGCGGGCUGAGUGUGUGGGUGGUGAUGACCCUGAGCAGCUCUUUUGUCACAGAAUCGUAUUUCUGGCUGCUGGUGCUGUUGAGAGCCCUGGUGGGGACAGGAGAGGCCAGCUACUCCACCAUCGCCCCUACCAUCAUAGGAGACCUGUUCUCUGGAGCCAAGAGGACCGUCAUGAUCUCUGCCUUCUACAUCUUCAUCCCUGUUGGAAGUGGUCUGGGAUACAUAAUAGGAUCCUCUGUUGCCAAUGCCACUGGAGACUGGCGUUGGGCCUUACGGCUCAAUCCCAUCCUGGGUUCCCUGGGUCUGCUCCUGCUGGCUGUGUUUUGCCCCAACCCCCCACGAGGGGCCUCUGACGGCCAUGGAGGAAGUACCAUAGAGCACACCUCUUACCUGGAGGACGUCAAGUAUCUUCUGAAGAAUAAGAGUUUUGUGUGGUCAUCACUGGGAGUUACUGCCAUGGCUUUUCUGACUGGAGCUCUGGCCUUCUGGACACCCAUCUUCCUGAGCCGAGCUCAGGUCGCUCAGGGCAUCCAGCCACCCUGCAACACUGAACCCUGCGACACCUCCGACAGUUACAUCUUUGGGGUCGUGACGGUGGUGACGGGUAUUUUGGGUGUUUCGUUGGGCAGCACCAUCUCCAGGAAACUGAGGGACAGGGUGCCCAACGCAGACCCCCUCAUCUGUGCUGUGGGCAUGCUCAGCUCCGCCCCCUGCUUCUUCGCCGCCAUCGUACUGGCGUCUACAAGCAUCCCUGCCACUUAUGUGUUCAUAGGCAUUGGGGAGACUCUAUUGUCACUGAACUGGGCCGUUCUAGCUGAUAUCCUACUGUAUGUGGUGGUGCCAACCAGGAGAGCUACAGCUGAAGCUCUGCAAAUCAUGGUCUGUCAUCUCCUAGGAGAUGCCGGAAGCCCUUACCUGCUAGGAUCUAUCUCAGACGCUCUGCGUACAUACCAGCCUGACUCUCAUACGUGGAGUUUCCGUAGUCUGGAGUACAGUUUCCUGCUGUGCCCUUUCGUAGGGGUCCUGGGUGGGCUCUUCUUCCUCAUGACAGCCCUCUACAUCACAAAGGAUAGGAAGAAUGCAGAGCUACUCACUGCAGGGGUGUGUGAUCCAGUAGAUCCUCCUACUCGGUUUAGUGCCAUGGCAGGCUCCACAGAUUGCUGAGGUGAAACUGGGAUCCUUGGAGGACACUCGGGCUAGAGGAAGAUAUGUUAGGUUAGAUGUUGUUUGGUAUGUGACCAAACUGAGAGUUGGGGUGAUUGUCUGUAGUACCCCAGACCACUCUAUAUGAGAAAAUAAUGCAACUGGUAAAACGGAUUCCAAAGCUGCACACUGAUCCAAAGAAAAUGAGUUUGUGGUCCAUCAUACACAGAACUGUUGUUAAAUGAUGUGCCUUUUAUUGCAAAAAAUGUACACCCGUUUUAUAAUUACUGUCUUUUUGUCUGACCACAUCAAUGUUUUUAUCUCACACAACCUUAAUUGGGGUGGCAGGUAGCCUAGUGCUUAGAGCGUUGGGACAGUAAUUGAAAUGUUGCUAGAUCGAAUCCCCGAGCUGGUAAAGAUAAAAGGUCAAAAUCGGUUGUUCUGCCCCAUGAACAAGGCAGUUAAUCCACUGUUCACCGGUAGACCGUCAUUUUAAGUAAGAAUUUGUUCGUAACGGACUUGCCUAGUUAAAUAAAGGUUACAUUUUUUUUAAAUCUAAAAAAUAGUCCUUGUAAGUGUCCUAAACCAUACCUGCCCCUGAACAACUGAAUUUUCUGGGGAACAAACCAGCAACAAUUGAAAAAACAACAACAUUUAAGUCCAGCGGAUGAAUCUGUCAACCCGUCCAUUUUGUUAGGACGUUCCAGAUUGACCUCUCCCUCCCCAGGUCCAAGCGUCCCUCUUCCACCCAGCAGCCAGCUGCUUCUUGCUAAUGAGGACGGUAGGGGCUGUAGCAGGAGGUCCUGGGUUUAAAAUGGAGGCUUCUCCACUCCACCUCACAGUGUGCAAGGGAAUCCCCUGCCAAUUCUCACUUUUUUUUCUAGCUUGGUCAAUCCACCUAUUAAAAUAACUGCAAAAUGAUUAGAAUAAUGACCAUGUGGCAAGAAAUGUGGAGUUUAGUUGCUGUUGAGUAUAUGUACACUGAACAAAAAUAUAAAAGCAACAUGCAAAGAUUGAAAAGAUUUUACUAAGUUACUUAUAAGGAAAUCGGUAAAUUGAAAUAAAUGAAUUAGGCAGUAAUCUAUGUAUUUCACAUGACUGGGAAGGGGUGCAGCCAUGGGUGGGCCUUGGAGGGCAUAGGCCCACCCACUUGGCAGCCAGGCCCACCCACUGGGAAGCUAGGCCCAGCCAAUCAGAAUGAGUUUUUCCCAACACAAGGGAUUUAUUAUUACAGACAGAAAUACACCAUGUUUUCCCCAGCACAAGGUGCACCUGUGUACUGCUCAUUCUGUUUAAUCAGCUUCUUGGUAUGCCACAUACAUUUUUCUGAGAGUUUAACAGAGAAACUUUUAAAUAUGCCUAUGAAUCUUGCAGGAUGUGAAUAUAGUCUACCAUUAGGAAUGCUGCUUGUGCUCGAAGCAGAAAUUAGGUACAUGUAUUGUCUGUCCUGACAGUACGCUGGCAUUACUGGCUGUGUGGAGACUGAAUGGGGUUUUAAUAUCCCUGUGUUCUGGGCUCUAGCUAGUAAUGAGCUUGGUACCCUCCCAUCACCUGACUAAUAAGCAGAGCUGGUAAGAGGUCAUCUAUCUCUAUAAACAUUCAAGAUGCUGUUAUCCCACCUGCUCUCCUCAUAAUGGUACUGUUCCUAAACAACCAUAACCAUAACCAUGGAUUAAAACGAUAAAGUAUUCAAUGACGCCACCUGGUGCCCGAAUAGCAAUUUACAGUAGAUCUCACAGGGGAAGAGCUGUCCACAUAACAGUUGAAGUCAGAAGUUUACAUACACCUUAGCCAAAUAUACAUUUAAACUCAGAUUUUCCACAAUUCCUGACAUUUAAUCCUAGUAAAAAUUCCCUGUCUUAGGUCAGUUAGGAUCACCACUUUAUUUUAAGAAUGUGAAAUGUCAAAAAUAAUGGUAGAGAGAAUGAUUUAUUUCAGCUUUUCUUUCAUCUCAUUCCCAGUGGGUCAGAAGUUUACAUACACUCAAUUAGUAUUUGGUAGCAUUGCCUUUAAAUUGUUUAACUUGGGUCAAAUGUUUCAGGUAGCCUUCCACACGCUUCCCACAAUAAGUUGGGUGAAUUUUGUCCCAUUCCUCCUGACAGAACUGGUGUAACUGAGUCAGGUUUGUAGGCCUCCUUGCCUGCACACGCUUUUUCAGUUCUGCCCACAAAUUUUCUAUAGGAUUGAGGUCAGGGCUUUGUGAUGGCCUCUCCAAUACCUUGACUUUGUUGUCGGUAAGCUAUUUUGUCACAACUUUGGAAGUAUGCUUGGGGUCAUUGUCCAUUUGGAAGAGCCAUUUGCGACCAAGAUUUAACUUCCUGACUGAUGUCUUAAGACGUUGCUUCAAUAUAUCCACAUAAUUUUCUGUCCUCAUGAUGCCAUCUAUUUUGUGAAGUGCACCAGUCCCUCCUGCAGCAAAGCAUCCCCACAACAUGAUGCUGCCAACCCUGUGCUUCACAGUUGGGAUGGUGUCUUCAGCUUGCAAGCAUCCCCCUUUUUACUACAAACAUAGCGAAGGUCAUUAUGGCCAAACAGUUCUAUUUUUGUUUCAUCAGGCCAGAGGACAUUUCUCCAAAAAGUACAAUCUUUGUCCCCAUGUGCAGUUGCAAACCGUAGUCUGACUUUUUUUUAUGGCAGUUUUGGAGCAGUGGCUUCUUCCUUGCUGAGUGGCUUUUCAGGUUAUGUCGAUAUAGGACUCGUUUAACUGUGGAUAUAGAUACUUUUUCACCUGUUUCCUCCAGCAUCUUCACAGGCUUAAUUGCUGUUGUUCUGGGAUUGAUUUGCACUUUUCGCACCAAAGUACGUUCAUCUCUAGGAGACAGAACCCGUCUCCUUCCUGAGCAGUAUGAAGGCUGCGUGGUCCCAUGUUAUUUAUACUUGUGUACUAUUGUUUGUACAGAUGAAUGUGGUACCUUCAGGUGUUUGGAAAUUGCUCUCAAGGAUGAAACAGACUUGUGGAGGUCUAAAAUCCGAGGCGAGCGUUCAUAAUAUGAACACUUUUUGAACUCUCUCUUUGGAGGGUAACUAGGUGGGCGGGCAUGGUUGGGCUGUGUUUUCUCUGAACUAUGAAUUAGUAUGUACUAGUUUCAAUUAAUUUUGUAAUGUCUCAUUGGUAGGAUGGUGAAUGCACCAAUUUGUAAGUCGCUCUGGAUAAGAGCGUCUGCUAAAUGACUUAAAUGUAAAUGUAAAUGUAAAAUGAUGUUUCUUA